AUGGUCGAGGUCAAGGGUAUGACAUGUGGACAGGGAGCUCCAACACCAAGCCAAGCCGAAGAACAGACACCUGGCUUGAUAAAUGAGAGGAUGGAGAUCAAAUCGAUCGGAACUACGAUAAGGAAAGAAAAGGCGAAAGGUGAAGAACACGCGACAAUCGUGGUUGAAGGUUCGUCGUCAAUUCAGGGGAACCUGAAGGCAACAGCAGCACGGCAGGUAUCAGCCAACCAACAUGCCGUGCAAAAUGACAUCCCGUCAUCCCACCCUCCGAUCCCCCCUGGAAUUUCUGAACGCAGCUUGUGGCGGGGCCAAAUUGUCUCAUUCGUCUACUUGCCAUCUUCAAUGUUCCAGGCAUCGCGAUGCUUCAUCCACCCAAUGUCUAUUCUCAUGCCCAUGUGUUUAUCUAAUCCACUCUUCACGACCUCGACUACACGAAGUCUUGGCUGGCGCGUUCGUAUUGCUGUAGCCCAGCGGCACAGCGUACCUAUUCUCAGCCAGCAUCGUUACAUGCGUCUCAGGAUUGAUGCCUCAAUCAGGCCUAGUCAAGGCAGACUCGAGAUGAGUCGCAAAGCCCCAAAGCCCCCUGAGCAAACGGCACACCGAGCGCUCUUUGGAAUACUUUCUUUCACGAUACUACCCGUCCAAGCUGCCUACUUCACCGAACCGCCAAGUUUUGAACUUGACCGAAGUGGUGGCCGUGUGACGGUCCCGGAUCUCAACAGCACUUACGUGCUUGGACAAAAGGUUCACAUCACAUGGGAGGUCCCAACUGUGCCAUGGAUCUCUCUGAGUCUAGUGCACUGGGGACAGGAUGCCGGCAUAGCUGUAGCGUCUUUCAUCACCAAUGAUAGAAACAAUGGGUAUUAUACCUGGUACAUUGGAGAAAAAGAUGGCAUCACGGAGGAGACCAUAGCCACAAACCCCAACUUCGCUCUAAGACUCAUCGACCCAACCGGCAAUUACACUCAGACUGAUGCGCCUGCGGGCUUCAUUGGCAACGCACUGCAAAGUCGCGGCUUCGUCGUCAAAGCGAACGCAACAUCCGAGCCAGCGACAGAGUCGGUCGUCCCUUCAGCGGGCUCAUCGAGCCUCUCCACCGGCGCCGUGGCCGGCAUCGCGGUAGGAUCCGCAGCGGUCGGAGCUCUGCUUGCAGCGGCUCUCUGUUUUUGGUUCCUGCGCCGACGCAACCGGCCGGUCUAUGCUGCAAACACGGGAAACCAUGCUCGCCAUCCCACGCCGACGCUCCAUCCCGUCGUACACCAGCAGAUGCGCCAUGAUUCGGCAUACGCCAGCCCAAACUCGUCCGGCGACCACAUGUUUGUGGUGCCGCCGGCGCGUCAACUGUCGCAUCAGACUAGUAAUGUGAGUCCGAUCAGCAGGCGGCAGACUCCUCCGCCGUCGUACCCGUCUCCUGUGGACGAGUACCAGAAUCCGAGGACGGAGCUGUCUGGUGUCCGGGAGCCUCAAGAGGGAUUUCACCUUCAAGAGGACAGCAGCGACGAUCUCUGCCAAGCUGAGACCAAGGGUUUUCGUUCAGAUUUUGACCCUGAGUUUGCGAAAUACGCUCUGACGUCGCCGCUCUUCAGUCUGAGUGUACUCCAAGGAACAGCCAAUCUUUCAAAUGGGAUUCUUCUAAGGAUUAUUCAGAUCAAAAAAUGGUUAGCCCCAUAUUUGUUAGCGCAACUAUGGCCCGUCUCCGAAGACGCUGGAAGUUCAAUGACUCUGCAAUUCAACCUCACCUCAACUUUCAUAGCCCAAAACUCCGUACCUCGGCUCACCUCACUCACUGUCUCAUUCACAAAACCCUUACUCAUCGAUACGACGACCCCGGUAAACCCUGCAAUGACCGACGCCCAACCCGAGAUGAAGAUUGAUCCCUCGAGAGCAAAGGCUCUGGUUUCGCAGCUUCAGUCUGUCCAGGAGCGCGUGACCGCCGUCGCUGCGGGGCGAAAUGUUCGGUUAGUGGCAGUCUCAAAGCUGAAGCCAGCCAACGAUAUCCUGGCGCUGCACCAGCAGACCACACCGCCGCAGGUGCAUUUCGGCGAGAACUACGCCCAGGAGCUGGGCCAGAAGGCGGAGAUGCUGCCCAGGAGUAUUCAGUGGCACUUUAUCGGUGGUUUGCAGUCAACACAUGCAAAGAAGCUAGCCAAGAUCCCAAAUCUCUUCUGCGUCUCCAGCGUAGAUACCCUUAAAAAGGUCCAGCUCCUCAACGCCUCGCGCGCGGAGCUCAUCUCUUCUUCAUCAGGCGAAAGCCCCGUGGAGCCGCUCGGCGUGCACGUGCAGGUCAACACCUCGGGAGAGGAGUCCAAGUCCGGCGCCGAGCCGGGCCCGGAUACGGUCGCGCUCUGCCGCGCCGUCGAGGAGGAGUCGCCCGCGCUCAAGCUGCUCGGCCUGAUGACCAUUGGCGCCAUCGCGCGGAGCAAGGCGACGACGCCCGAGAACGAGAACGAGGACUUUGUGUGCCUCAAGGAGCAGCGGGAUCUGGUUGUCAAGGAGCUGGGCUUGCAGAGGGAGCUGGAGCUGAGUAUGGGUAUGAGUGAGGACUUUGAGGGCGCGGUGAAGUUGGGUAGUGGGGAGGUUCGGGUGGGAAGCACGAUUUUUGGAGAGAGGGGGCCUAAGAGCUGGAUGAAUGUGAUGGAGAAAGUUGAUACACAUUGGCUGUGGGGAGGCGAGGUGAGUUUUGGGCCAGGAAUGAUGCGGUCUACAACCUGCCCCGAAGUAGUGUUCACACGUAUUGAUGACGAUGAUAGAUGUACAAACCAAGUCACUAGCGUUAUGGCGUUCAUCCGCCCCCUUUCUUCUAGUUUUACGACGUCUCAGUUGGCGCUUUGCACCAUCUCCAUUCUUACUCGUCCUCAAGCUUUCGGAGUACGCGGCCUCAUUUUUCAUAUGACUCUGGAACUGUUCUUGCCCUCCACUCUCGCUCUUGAUUGCUUUUCAUCACUGCGAACGAUUUUCCUAAGCAUUUCUCUCCUCUCAUUCAUACAAGUUCUCCAGUGCCAUAACGAGCAGCAUGAACGCGCCAGAUCUUCUGGACACAUGCUAGGCUUGUCAUUCACACGGCGUCAGGGAAGUCUCAUGUUUGAGCCUCCGAGAAUCAAUAAUCUGCCAAGUGGGCGGCUGAACAAGAGAAGCAGCACAAUAGAUAGGAUUGAGGCUAGCUAUGACACUCAGUCACCUCACGACAAGGAGACGGACAAUAGUGGGGGAUAG